AUGAAUGUGGAUGCCUUUUGUGAACAAGCGAGUGUGAAUACAAGCGAUGACACCUCUCCUUUUACAAUCUCUCUUACUCCAAAUGAUGUGAUAUUUGCUGUAACCAUUCCCUCUAUGCAAUCCAUCUGUUAUUGCUACAUUCAAACACACACAAAAAUUUGUAUUUAUUUAAUGGCGAGUGAUAUUUAUCCUUAUCCAUGUGCGAUUCCAUUGAUCUUUCAAAUAUACUCUGAAUUUCAUGAGAAGGUUGCAGAAAUGGGAGAUUCAGGAUUUGAGCAUGUCUUGAAUCAAAGAAUUAAGGAAUUAUUUGGAAGGUUUGAUUUGAAAAGAAAAACAACAAACACUCUUAAUCCAUCUUCUAAUGACUCCUCAAUAUUCACCACCAUUCAGGCUCUCGAAGAAUUCCAAUUUGAUCCAGUUCCUUUUGAUCAGAUGCAUGUGAUCGAUCUGAGUGAUUUACUUUGA